AUGGGGAUCACCAAUAAGACUCCCCGUUACCUGGCGAUGAACCCGUUGGGGAAGGUUCCUGUGCUGGAGACGCCUCACGGCCCCUUGGCUGAGAGCGUGGCCAUCUCGCGCUACAUCGCUUCCUUGGGGCGGUCGAACUUGUAUCCCAAGCCUCUCAACCCCAGAGAGACGACGCGUGCACAGAUUGACAGCUGGGUGGAUUGGGCGGCUGAGGUGGACGCUGCGGCGCGGCAGUGCGCAUUCCCUGUAGCGCGCGAUAAGUUACCCUUUGAUGUGAGGGUUGCGGUAAAGGGCCGCGAAACCCUGGACCGCCUGCUUGCUGUGCUGGACGGCCACCUCAGCAGCCGCACCUUCCUGGUCGGGCAGAGCAUCACGCUCGCUGACAUCAUCGUUGCCUGGGCACUCAUCGUGCCCUAUUUGGUGCUGUUCGACGGCGAACUGCGCGCCAGGUUCCCGGCGGCUACGCGGCACCUGCAGACUAUUCUGUGGCACCCCAAAGCGGUCGCCGUGCUGCUCUCGCAGCUGCAACCGCCGCAGAAGGCGCUCCUCGCCCCUGUGAAGGGCGCGAAGCACCGAUGGGGCGAAGGCCCUGGCCCUCUCGCUCCCCUUGCGCACGCCGUCAACCACCCCUGGUCAGGCGAUAGGGUCCGUGCAACUUUCGUGGAGUUCUUUGAGACCAAGGGCCACACGGCGGUGCCCUCGUCCAGCGUGGUGCCUCACAAUGAUCCCACGCUGCUGUUCGCCAACGCCGGCAUGAACCAGUUCAAGCCCAUCUUCCUGGGCACCGUCGACCCCAACUCAGACUUUGCCCGCCUCUCCCGCGCCUGCGACUCGCAAAAGUGUAUACGAGCUGGCGGCAAGCACAACGAUCUGGACGAUGUGGGCAAGGACGUGUACCACCACACCUUCUUUGAAAUGCUGGGCAACUGGUCUUUUGGGGACUACUUCAAGAAGGAGGCCAUCGCGUGGGCAUGGGAGCUGCUCACGCAGGUCUACAAAUUGGACCCUGCCCGCCUCUACGCCACCUACUUUGGCGGCGAUUCUGCGCAGGGCCUAGAGCCCGACGAGGAGGCCAAGUCCUUCUGGCUGGAGCUGCUGCCGACGGAGCGCGUGCUGCCCUUCGGGUGCAAGGAUAACUUCUGGGAGAUGGGUGAUGUGGGCCCCUGCGGCCCCUGCUCGGAGAUACACUACGAUCGCAUCGGCAGCCGAGACGCAGCGCACCUCGUCAACAUGGACGACCCCAACGUUCUUGAAAUCUGGAACAUCGUGUUCAUCCAGUUCAACCGGGAGGCGGACGCCAGCCUGCGGCCGCUGCCGGCGAAGCAUGUGGACACGGGGAUGGGCAUGGAGCGCGUGACGAGCGUGCUGCAGGACAAGGUGUCCAACUACGCCACAGACAUCUUCACGCCUAUCUUCGACGCCAUCCAGACAGUCACUGGCGCGAGGUCCUACACCGACAGGGUGGGCAAGGACGACACGGAUGGCAAGGACAUGGCAUACAGGGUGGUGGCUGACCACAUCCGCACGCUCUCAUUCGCCAUCGCCGACGGCGCGCAGCCGGGCAACGACGGCCGCAACUACGUCCUGCGCCGCGUGCUGCGCCGCGCGGUCCGUUACGGGCAGGAGGUGCUGAGCGCGAAGGAGGGCUUCUUUGUGAAGCUGGUGGACUCUGUGGUCGCCAACUUUGGCGGCUUCUACCCAGAGCUCAUCGCCAAGCGCGACCACAUCACUGAUGUCAUCCGGGAGGAGGAGGCGAGCUUCAGCCGGACGCUGCAGAAGGGCAUAGAGCGCUUCAAGAAAGCGGCCGCCAACGCGAGCGGUGGUUCCUUCAGCGGCAAGGACGCAUUUGAGCUGUAUGACACCUAUGGCUUCCCCAUGGACCUCACUGAGCUGAUGGCGGAGGAGAUGGGUCUGAAGCUGGACAAGAAGGCGUUUGAGGCGUGCAUGGAGGAGCAGCGGCAGCGCAGCCGCGCGGCCGGGAAAGCCGGCGGCGGCCCGACGCUCAAGUUCGAGGCCGAGGCGACCGCGCACCUUGCAAACAGCGGCGUCCCCGUCACUGACGACAGCCCCAAGUACACGCCUGGGAGUGUGAAGACUACAGUGCGCGCCAUUCUGUCGGCGUCGGGCUUUGUGGACAGCACGGCUGGCGCGGCUGGGCCGCUGGGGGUUGUGUUGGAGAGAACGCCGUUCUACGCCGAGUCUGGCGGCCAGGUGGCGGACAGCGGCGAGCUGGCUGGCCCCUCUGGCGCCAUCUUCACCGUCCAGGAUACCAAGGUGGCUGCAGGCUAUGUUCUGCAUGUGGGCGAGGCGGCAGAGGGAACGUUGCGCGUGGGCGACACAGUCAGCGCUGACGUGGACAUCAUCCGCCGCGCGCGCAUCGUGCCCAACCACACCUUCACCCACGUCCUCAACUUUGCGCUCAGAGAGGUGCUGGGGGAUCACAUCGACCAGAAGGGGUCGAUAGUGCAACCGGAGCGGCUGCGAUUCGACUUCUCGCAUGGCGGCCCCAUCGACGGCCCCACCCUGGGCAAGAUCGAGGCCAUCUGCAACCAGCAGCUGGCCGCCGACCUGGGCAUCUUCUCAAAGGACGUGGCGCUGUCAGACGCGCGCCAGAUCAAUGGUCUUCGAGCGGUGUUUGGGGAGCAGUAUCCAGACCCAGUGAGGGUGGUGUCGAUUGGGAAGUCUGUGGAGGACCUCCUGGCGAACACGGCGGACCCAGAGAACGCCAAAUACUCGGUGGAGUUCUGCGGCGGGACGCACCUGAAAUCGACCGGCCAGGCACGUGCGUUUGCGCUGCUGUCCGAGGAGGGCAUCGCCAAGGGCGUCAGGCGAGUGGUGGCGGUGACAUCAGCAGAGGCCGAGGCGGCGGUGGCGCGCGCAGAGGCGCUGACCAAGGCCAUGGAAGCUGCCCAGAAGCUGACGGGGCCGGCUCUGGAAGCUGAGAUCGCCACCCUGCGCCAGGGCAUCGAUGGCUCUGCGAUCCCCGCCGCGACAAAGGCGUCCCUGCGAAACUCGCUAACGGCGCUGCAGAAGACUUUGUUGGAACAGCACAAGUCGGCGGCUGCCGCCAACAAAGCGCGCGCGACCGCUGUCGCCGUCGAGGCGGCUGACGCCGCGGCUUCCUCGGGGCAGAAAUUUGUCGUUGUGCAGCUCGAGGUGGGGCUGGACAGCAAGGCGGUUCUGGAGGCAUGGAAUGCCAUCCACAAAAAGCACCCGGACAUGCCCGUGGUCAUCGUCACUGCCGAUGCGGCCAAGGGCAAGGCGCUGGCGUACGCUGGGGUUCCCGACGCGCUGUCAAAGCAGCUCAAUGCCGGAGAGUGGGUCAAGGCGCCGCUGGCCGCGCUCGGGGGCAAGGGCGGCGGCAAACCCACCACCGCGCAGGGGCAGGGGCCAAAUGUGGACAAGGUCCCAGAUGCCAUCCGCGCGGCCGAGGAGUUUGCGCGGCUGAAACUCUAGAGACCUCUAGGGCCCGAAUCUGAAUUUAAAUUGUGCUCACUGGAUGGGACGUGUUUUUGGGUUUCACACUAAUUUCUGCGAAGAAAAUAGAAAAUUUGGGAUUGUACCUGACUGCUUUGGGUCUCGAGCUUGAGCUUGUGCUUACUGUGCCAAUUGUCCAGCCUUUCUUGGGAUGGCAUUGGUGUUCUGAGCACAAGACUUCCAUCUGCAAUAGACGGCAAAUCU